AUGGUCGCAUUGUUAGGUAGCGAUAAGAUCGUUAUUGGCACACUUCUACUUUGGAAGCAAUUGUUUGGUAUAAUUGCUGAACAGGUGGAUGUAAUUGACUUUGUAGGUUACACAAAUUAUGCGGCAGUCAAAUCAAAUAAAGACUGUGACAUUAUCAAUGCAGUUAUUCAUCCUGACAUAUCUGAAGAAUUAUAUAUUGGCAUAGCACUGUCCCCAUUGUAUGGGACCCGCUACGAUGAGACGCCGGAAGCUAGAACGGAAUUCACAGAGGAAAACAGAGCAGAAACAAUUGCAAGUACACUUUUCCCUUCAAACACUAAGGCCUGGUAUAAGGAUGAUGCAGAUUCGUACAAUUCGUUUCGAAUUAGAAUAGACAAACACUGUGAUAUUUGGGAUCGCGUUGGUGUUUUCUACACUAAAGCUGUUUUAGACGGAUUUAGAACAGCAAUCGCGACGCUGCCAUUACUCAGUGAUGAAGCUAAUGUUCAACCUAGAGACAGAGUGGUAACGGUCAGUGUUGGAGACUCAACUGUGAUGUUAACUGUCGAAACUGAUGAAUCCAGCCUCAGAUGGAGAAAAGAUGGCGGAUCAGAAAUAGAGGAAUGGCACGAUCUGAGCUCAGUAACGAUCAACAACGUGCGAUUAGCCGAUGCUGGAAUAUAUGAGUGUUACGUCACCGGUACACGAGCAGAGGCAAAGCAUGCUUUCAUUGUUCUCCAUGUUAGAACAUGUCCUGCUUCUAGAUGGUCUCCACCGUUGUGUUUAUUGUGGUGCCCAGUAUGCUACAACGGUGGUGUUUGUGACGUGGACUUUGGCAUAUGCUUAUGUACCACUGGUUUUAAAGGUGAUAACUGUGAGAUAUCGGCCGGAGGGAAUAGGUUUGGUCACAACGGUACAGUUGAAUGUACUACGGGUGAGAAUGAGUGUAUGGGAAAAUUAUUUUGUGGACAGGACCCUGUUGGCUGUAAUUGUGCGUCUGGAUGGAAAGGCUUGACAUGUGAAACUGAAUGUGAACCUGGAAUGUAUGGAAACGGCUGUCUGCAGGAGUGUCAUUGCGAUGAUGACAGUUGCGAUCAUUCGUAUGGCUGUAAUAUCGCUGCCCAAUGCCAUGAAGGUUUUGUGGGGGAAAGAUGCCUAACUCCUAUUAUAGAAGAAUGCGAAGCUGGAUAUUAUGGUGAAUUUUGCAACCUGGAGUGUCACUGUGCAGACGCUGAUCCUUGUAAUAAAUACAACGCAAGUUGCCCAGGAAAUUGCACAUACGGUUGGGCUGGAAGUUACUGUCUUAUAGCACUUCCUGCAUUGUACGACGCGCCCUCUAUUGAAGGCAAUGCUUCAAAUAUCAUAGUAGUUUGGACAGCUUGGAACCAAGACCAUGAUUUCGGUAACAGAGAUGCUAACAGCUAUGUAUUGAAAUACUGGAAGACGGCAUCAAUGGAUGAAGGAAUAACUAUUGAUAACAUAGCAGAAAAUCAGACAGAAAUCAGCAUUUCGUUGAUAGAUUACAAUCAAUCUUACAGUGUGACUGUGUCAGUAAAUACUGAUAUUGACGGCGUGUUCACACAAGGAAUUGCUAGUCCAGUCACGGAAUUUGGUCCCAUUGGUAGAUAGCACCAUUACAAUCUUUUUUUAGUCGUUAUGACUAAUGUUUGUGUUAAAUCAGUAUCAUAACUAUAUUUGGAAUGAUGUAUUGGCACAAUUGUU